UGUUGGUACACUUCCGGUUGUCGUCAUGAAGAAGAGCUAUUCAAGAGUAUAAACAAAGUGACUACAGGCGGAAAUUAGCAUGCACUGCUAUAACCUGGGACAGACAUCUGUCCUGACCACAAGGAUAAUGUUUAAUUUGUACACUGUUCCUUUUAAAAAUAAAAAACUCUAAACUCUAAGAAGAGUGUUUGUAGUUUGUAUGUACGAACAGAAGUGUUCCUAAUAAAGUGGGCGGCUAAGGUGAAGUGUCAUGCCGACCGAGGCUGUUUUUUCGACACAAUUCACAGUUAUGCAACAGCUGUACAGAUGUAUUUGGUGAUACAGUAAGUGAGCUAAAUUUUAACAGUGCAAACAAUGCCACAAAAAGAAAAGAUUCAUGCCGUUAUCAUGAUUCGUUGUCAUGCCGACCGAGGCUGUUGUGUUUCCCUUGUGGUCUUGUCACUUCCGGAAGGGGCAGUGCUGAAUCAAGAAAAAUGGCAAGCUGCAGUUAAACGGAUGCCAACAAAGCAUUCCUGUGUGUGUGGAGAACAUUUUAUAUCAGGAAUUUCUAACCAGCAUGCAUGAAACCUGCCUCGAAAUAUUGCCAACCCAACGUCAACAUGUGAUGUCAUUCAUACCACCAUAGCUGGACUCCAAACUCAACACCCGAAUGCCCUCAUUGUAAUUUCGGGUGACUUUAACCACAUCAAUAUGGACAAAACACUGUCCAACUCCACUGUGUAUGUGAACUGUCCCACCAGAGAGGAGAAGACCUUGGAAUUGCUGUCUGCUAACAUUAAGGAUGGAUACAGCUCUUCCCCCCCCGCCUCCACCCUCUAGGACACCAAGAUCUUCUCCUGCUAGGCCCUGGAUGUCCAAAACCCUGAGCUCCAGCAGAAGCAGCCUGUGAGCAGCAGAGAAUAUCCAGGGCCCCAGCCAACCUGUCUCACUACCAGUCCUUCCUGGCAGAAUUCACACUUUCACUCACAUCAACUAAGAUCAAAUUUUAUCAUUCCAAAAUUCCUAGCUCUAUCGCUAACCCUUGUCAACUGUUCUAAGUUUUCUCUUCCCUCCUCAGCUCUCCCAUCAGCUGUACCUCAGUCCUUUAUCACUGCAGAGGACGUUGUGGUCUUCUUUGAAGUUGCCUGACGUGGUGGGGGUGUGGCUGUGAAGACAUGGAUAAUUGGGUUGAUCGCAAUGAACAGAAUCAAUUGCUGCUAUCUUCGGACGCAGAGAGCACCUUUUGCUUCAACAGCUUCUACUUUGACAACAAAGCUUUGGAUUCUACUUGACUACACGACUGGGAUUCACUCUUGAAAAGGUACACAUUGUUUGCAUGGUAUUGCAUUGCAGCCAAUGAGUUCAAAGAGGUUGGCCAGACAGAUCUACACAAAGGAAUGGAAGAGGGCGCGGCGAGAGGUGUUGAAUGUGCGAGCACUGGUGCGUGCCCAGCUGGAUGCAGGAGAUGCAGCAAACAGGGCAGAGGAGUCUGCGUGAGAUGCAGCAAGCAGGGAAGAGCAGGCUGCGCGAGAUGCAGCAAGGACAGGCCAGGCUCUGCAAGAAGCAGAGCAACAACAUAAUGGACCUCAACACAUGCCAGAGAUACAACCGGCGGAGAUUGAAGAACAGCCUGAGUUCAUGGCAGAGCCAACAAGUUUGUUCAGCAGCUCGGAGCAGGACAGCAGCAGUCCCUCAACCCAUGUCAGUCCAGCACCCAGCCGUCGGACAUUGGAAGAGUCGUACAUUGAGGAACAAACAUCAUCCGACCCAGUUGAGGAACUUCAGGAAUGACCCAUGGCAAAGAGGAGGGGGCUUCAGGCAUGGCUGCCGUAAUAAGGCGCAAGUACUUCAUACACACUUGUUGAUGUUCACACAGGAAAAGUGUAUUGGGUAUAAAACUAAAAUGAAUUUCAUCUCAAUUCUACCUGUAGUCCUGGAGGAACGAAAGAGGCUCCUAUUGAGGACGACGGAUGACACAAAAAGAACCAUGGAAGAGCACAUGGGGCGAAUGACUAGGAGAAUGGAGGCUAUGGAGAGGAGGAUGGAGGCUAUGGAAAGGAGGAUGGAGGGUAUGGAGAGGAAGUCAGAGACAUUGGAGGCUGCUGUGGUCUCGAACCCGCCUCAGCCUCCUCUGCAGGAAGAUGUGCUGUUGGGCCUAUGCAGCACAGUGGAGGAGCUGGAGGAGCUAGACAGGAGUCUGGCUCAACCAGAAAGAAGGAACCAAAUGAAACGUUUCCUUGAAAGCCUGGGAGGGGCGAAUCCGGGGGCAGCCAUUCGUCGCAUUCUACGCCAGGUGGCUACCAACAAUGUCCUGGCGCAGUACAGCCUGAGGGGGAGGAGAGCAAAAAAGCCUUUCCAGAACUUAACCCUUUGCAAAAUUAUAACGGAGGCCUGCAUGCAGAACUUCCCUGGCAAGAAGGUAGCUGAUAUUGAGGAGUGCAUUGGGCAUGCACUGAAGUUUGCACCACACAGACGGUCAGCUGGUCCUCAAGAUUGAAGACGUACACCAACUUCUAUGCAUUUCUUUGGCAUUUCUAAAAUUUUUCUUAUUUUUUGCCUUUAUUGUAUUUUAUUAAGAAAUAGUUUUCAUAAUUGUCUAUAGUUGUCAGAUGUUUUAUAAUGUAUAAUAAUGUUGCACUGUGUUGCUGAUGUCCUUACCAAUGUUGUAUUCUUGAUAUUUU